GGCGGCACCUCCCGUUAGCUGACACAUACAGGGUACGAUUGCCUAUGAGAACACCUCUAACACGAAGGGGAGACUAGCACGAAUGACGUAGCUACAGACACAGUGUGAAAGUAUUAGAAACAAGGAGCAGUAGCCUAUUCUGUGGUCAUAAAAGGAUCGUUGCUGUGAGAGAUAAAGCUGGAAGGCGUCGAUCGAUACGAAGGAGACACCGGCUAAGGAUGGUCGUUAAAAUCUACGUAUCGGGUAUCAGCGGGAACAAGGAAGUGAAGAAAAGACAGCAGCGGGUUUUAAUGAUAUUGGAUAGUAAGAAUGUAAAUUAUGAAACUAUUGAUAUAACUGAACCAGGAAAAGAGUUAGAUAAAGAGUUUAUGCAAAGCAAUAGCGUUGGAAGAGACAGUAAAUAUCCUUUACCACCUCAAAUAUUUAACGAAGAUGAAUAUUGUGGGGAUUAUGAAGAUUUUGAUAUGGCUAAUGAAUUAGAUGAAUUAGAAAAAUUUCUUAAAAUAACACCUCCAAUUAGUCCAGAGGAUAUAUCUCAAGAUUCGAAAGCACAAAAUAAUGAUAUUCAAGAGAAUGGGAAUACUUCGAGUCGAGAGCCAUCCACAGACAAAGAUGCAGCUACAGUAAAAUCAGAAAGCGCAGAAAAUAGAACGGAUUUGCCAAAGGAUAAUGAUCCAUUGGAUGGAUCUAAACCGACAGAACUUGAUGGUGGAACAAAAGCGAAUGAAGAAGAUGCAGAACAAAUGGAAGAAACUGGCGAUAAGAAUGAAGAGAAGUCUGAUGAUCAAGAAAAAGAAGAAUAGAGAAUUAUGACUAUCAUCUUUUUAAGGCUGAGUGAGUAUACUGCCACUACCACUUUUCUGAACAACAGGAUAUAUAUUAAUUGAAUUGAAUAGAGUCAUCCAUACAUGAUACUUUUGUAGAGCCGCGUCGAAUUGAAAUCAAAAAUCUAUAUCAAUUAUUAUUUUUUUUUUCUUUUUUUUUUUUUUUUGGUAAAUACUGAGAUUUUAUUUUAUUUCAUAAUAUUAGUCUAUAUCAAUUUUUAAGUUGAAUCGUUUACACUAUAUCUCUCCAUUACUUCUCAUUACAGUUUUCAUAUUGAAAGAUAUCAAGCAUCUUUUGUUCAUUAUUAUCAUUAUAAUGAAAAGGUCAGAUCGGAGUUAAACGUAUUAUAGUGUGCUGAGAUUGUUAGAAGUUUAACAAAAAAAUUUAGAAAAGAGUAUAUAUAAUAUCUAAAUAUAUAUAUAUAUAUAUAUAUAUAUAUAUAUAUAUAUAUAUAUAUAUAUUAUCUACUAAAUUAUGCUCUUCUUUGAAGGAACAGUAUUAUUCAGCCUCUUUAAAAUUUUUCUUUGCGCAUGUUAGCUUACAAAUUGUAAGUAUUUUAUCCUGAAGAUUAAUUAGAAAUCAUAUUAUUUCUUAUCCUCAUCUAUUUGUCUUGUUAUUCUUAUAUAGUAAUGGUAACAGAGAAUUCAAAUUCUUUGUCUAGCAAUUUUUUUGCUAUGAAAGUGUAUUAUUCUUUAGGAA